AUGGCUGGCGCCAAGCUUCGCGGGAAGACGCUUGGCCUCGUCAUCGGCGUUGUCGGAGCCGUCGGAUUUGUGCUACAGGGCUACGACCAGGCUGUUGCUAAUGGGCUAUUGACAUUGGGAUCUUUCAUCGCUGUUUUCCCACAAAUCGACACUGUCAACACCAAGGGUGCACAACAAUCUCACAAUAGCACUAUUCAGGGUACGACGGUCGCUAUCUAUGAAGUCGGGUGCGCUCUUGGCGCCCUCGUCUGUGCGUGGCUUGGGGACAAACUUGGUCGUCGCAAGACAAUUUUCCUGGCUGGCUGCGUCGCCCUGGCUGGCAUUAUUAUUCAGGCGAGUCCGUUCGCGCUUGGCCAGCUUAUCGCCGGUAGAGUUAUUACUGGCUUGGGUGUUGGUGGAUUCACCGCUACGAUCCCUAUGUACGUUUCUGAAUCUUCCGGAGCAGAAGCCCGUGGGCGCAUGGUUCUACUCGAGGGAUGGUUUGCAAUUGGCGGUAUUGUCCUCGCCACAUGGCUGGAAUUUGGCCUCUACUAUGUCAGCAACAACUCUGUCAGCUGGCGCUUCCCAAUUGCGUUUCAGGCACUCUUUGCGCUCGUUGUCGUGCUGUGCAUCCCAUUCUUGCCGGAAUCUCCCCGUUGGCUCGCCCGCAGUGGUCGGAUAGAAGAAGCAGCUGAGAUAUUGGCCCGUUUAGAAGAUGUGCCUGUUGAAUCCGAGCAUGUUGCUCAGGAGCUGGAGAUCAUCCGCCAGUCGCUCUUUAUAGACGAGACUGAUGAGUCGUCGGUUUCGAGUUCGCCUUUUGCACUUACGAAAAAUUGUCACCUACAGCGCACACUGAUCGCUGUUGGUGUCAAUAUCCUCGCCCAGAUGACUGGCGUUAACAUUAUCACGUUCUAUUCCGACACCAUCUUCGAAAAUGAUCUGCACUACUCCGGUACGAUAUCCCGCGUCAUCACGGGAUGCCUCCAAAUCUGGCAAUUUCUUGCCGCGGGCGUGGCCGUUCUGCUCAUUGACCGCGUCGGACGUCGCCCUCUGCUCAUCGCUGCGGCUGCCGGCAUGACAAUCGCACAGGCCUGUUUGGCAGGUCUUUCUUCCGACCUUGGUGACAAGUCGGCCGCCGGCGCGUCCCUUUUGUUCUAUUUUGUUGCGCUUUUCUGCUUCCCGAUUGGACUAUUCCUCGUCCCGUUCUCAUAUGCGGCUGAGAUCGCGCCGUUGCGCACUCGUGCAAAGGUCACCGCCAUGUCGGCGUCGGCAAAUUGGCUUUUCAACUUUCUCAUCGCAGAGGUGACGCCGAUUGGAUUUGCCACUAUCCAGUGGCGCUACUAUAUUAUUUACGCUUGUAUUAGCGCGUUUGCCUGUGCUGCUUUCUAUCUUUUCUGCCCCGAGACCAAAGGUCGCACGCUCGAGGAAAUCGAUGACAUCUUCGUUCAGUCCAAGUCCGCGUUUGAUACUGUGGCUGUCGCACGGAAGAUGCCAUUCCAGACAGAAAUCUUGGCACACAUUGAUGACACCGAAAAGGCCGAGAUCAAGGAUGAGCGGGUUGAGGCGUUGUAA